GAGCAGACCGUGAGUUGGGCGAGUCGGUCGUGGUCGAAGCCGAAACCAGUGGGAUGACAAUGGCGCGUUUCCAGCAGAGCACCAUGGCAAGAAGUGUUGCUUUAACACAGAGGGCUUCACAGUGUGUGGACGAAUGUGCGAACAGUAUUUGGUACUGGGGAAGACUGGCGAACGUGCAGGAGCAGGCGGAAAGUGGAAACAUUGUUGGGUACUGGGCAUGUGUUGACGACCGUGCAGGAGCAGACCAUGAGUUGGAAUAG